AAACAGAUAAAAGUAAACGUGUCAAAGGCUAUAAGAAAAGUGACAAUAACAUUAGAAGUGCAGCAACCCGCAGUUUCUAGAAUAAACUCCAUUCAUCUUGAGAUACUAAUAAUAAUAAAAAUCACACAUCAUCUCCUUUCAUCAUCAUCAUCUUCAUCUUCUUGAAACUUGUAUAUCUAAGAGUUGAAGCAAGAUUACAUCUCAAACUGUUGAAGGAAGAUGUAUAGGUGGAAGACCAGAUUUCACGAAGAAGAAGACAGGCCAGAGAAGCCAAGAAGAUACGGCGUUACUGAAAUGAGAGCUCCCAAUUAUACUAUAUUCACUCGCGAUCUCCUUCAAGAAACUUUCGAAUCAAUGGGAGAAUUUGUUGAUGGACUGAAAUUUACUGGAGGCUCUAACAGCAUGAUGCCAAAAAGUUUCAUCAAGGAUGUGACUGACAUGGCUCGCAAACACAAUGUAUAUGUUAGCACUGGUGACUGGGCUGAACACUUGCUCCGUAAAGGUCCAUCUGGUUUUAAAGAAUACUUGGAGGAGUGCAAGCAGUUGGGAUUUGAUACAGUUGAACUAAAUAUGGGAUCAUUUGGAUUUCCGGAAGAAACUCUCUUGAGAUUCGUAAGGUUGAUUAAGAAUGCUGGAUUAAAAGCAAAGCCCCAAUUCUCUGUGAAGUUUGAGAAAUCUGAUAUUCCUAAAGCUGGUAAUAGAGCAUAUGGGUCCUAUGUGGUUCCUACACCACAAAAUUCUGAAAUGAUCGAGGAUAUGGAUCUAAUGAUCACGAGGGCGGAGAGAUGCUUGGAUGCUGGAGCGGACAUGAUAAUGAUUGAUGCUGAUGAUGUCUGCAAGUAUGUAGACACCAUACGGAGUGACAUAAUUGCAAAGGUUAUCGGUCGUCUGGGACUAGAGAAAAUUAUGUUUGAAACAUCCAAUGCUAAAGCUUCGGAGUGGUUUAUAAAUCAAUACGGACCUAGGGUCAACCUUUUUGUGGAUCAAGGGCAGGUGCUGAACCUGGAGUGCCUCCGGGGACAAAAUAUAGGUAAUAUUAGUAGGUCUGUUUUUGGUCGGUCUAGUUUCCUGUUCUAAGAAGGCACCUUAUGCAGAAAUAAAUCCUGUGACUUCUUAUUGUCACUUGCAGCAAGUUGAAAUAUUGCUAGUUUCAAUGUUGUAUUUUACUACUUUGGUAAGCAGGAUUAUGUAAGUGCAGAGAAAGUCUAAUUACCCAUCUCCUCAAGUCAUACUCUGUGACAGCCUUGGUGUGCUAUGUUAAUCAUCUUUGACUAAA